ACACUGGGGUGUCUGCGGAGCCUGGCGGACACUGCGGUGUCAGGGAUAAUGGAGAGAAUGGGGAAUUGGGGGAUUCUGUGGGAACUGGGGGGAACUGGGGAAUACUGGGCAGACUGGGGAGCUGGGGAAAAUGGGGAAUUGGGGGGAUACUAGUGCGCCUGGGGACCACUGGAGGGUGCUGGAGGACUGCGGUGGACUGGGGUGAGUUGGGGGAUACUGGAGGGACUAAGGAAUUGCAGGGACUACUGAAGGCUUACUCAGGGUUACUGGGGGGAACUGGGGGAAUGGAGGGGCUGGAGAAUACUGGGGGAACUGGACUAUUGGAAAGACUUGGGCGUCUGGGCGUACCAGGGGACUGGGGGUUUACGGGAGAGACUGGGGAACUGGAGGAUACUGGGGGUUUGAGGGAUUGGAUGUUACUGGUGGUACUGGAAGUGACUGACGCACUGGGGGAGAUGGAGGAUUAUUGAAAGAUAAUGGAAGCACUUGGGGCACUGGGGGCUGGACAUUGGGUCCAAAACUCACUCCCAGCACCCCUGAACCGCCCCGGAGCGCCCAAACGACGCUGCGGACUCCGCUCGGGACGGCCCCAGGCCACCCCCGGGCAGAACGCGCCCCGGGCAGGACGCGCCCCGUCCGCUCAAAGCGGCCGCGCUCCGUUGCCGCGGCAACUGCUGGCGGGACUGGAGGCCACGCUUCCGCUCCUCGCAUACGGAACAAAGGUGGGGGGAAGAGAACGCGGUGAGAGCGGGGCUGUGGCGGGAACAGAGCGCGGUGACAGCGGGGCUGUGGCGGGAACAGAGCGCGUGACCCCAUUUCCCUGUGGGAUUUUCUGCCCCGAUGGCGAGAGACGAGCGGGCAACGCUGCUGGAGGUGCACCAGGCGCUCUCGGAAGAACAAUUCCAGAAGCUGAAGUAUCUACUGGGAAGCAAAAUUCCUGACGGGCUUGUGCUCCAGGCAUCGCGCCCCGAGUUGUGCCUGAUCCUCCUCCAGCGCUUCCCGGGGAAUUCCCUGCGUGAGAUCGCCAGGAUCCUGCAGCAGAUUGGCCGCUCCGACCUCAUCCAGCGCUUCCAGCUGCCCCUGGAAGAGCAAAUCCCGGAGGAAAACCCCAGGGAACCUAAUAGGGACACCCCUAAUGGGACCGGGGAUCCCACUUCAGGACAGCAUCCUGGAGGGAUUCCAGCUCCACCCGUGAAUCCCCGACGCUUGACAGAGAAGGAUUUGUUGAGAGUCGCCAAAAGAUUGGGAAAAGAGUGGCAGGAGGUGGGGAUUCUGCAUCUAGGGCUGGAGCAGAGCCGGCUGGACCAGAUCCAGGAGGAAAAUCCGAACAAUGCCGCUAUGAGAAGUUUUGAGAUGCUGCGGGAUUGGCAGCGGCGUCAGCGAGAGGAAGCCACGGCGUCCCAGCUCCUAGCCUGCCUUGAGGAUGCCCAUCUUGAUCCUGAAAUCCUCAACUUCCUCCGGAGCCUCCAGGGGAAUUGAGGGGCCCCCAAACUGCCGUCCUGGGGGUGGGGAGUGUGAUAUCAAAUUCAUAUAAAACUGAGACCAUUAAAUGCUCUUUUAUUCCAUGAGUGCUGAGUUUUAGGAUCAAGUGCCGAGAACAUCCAUCUUUACUCCUGAUUUAAAGAUCCCAGAAGGAAGUCCAGGCUCUGCUCCACUUCCUCAUGGAUGAAUGCAGCAGGUUUUGCAGUGCUUUCCCAAGAGUUUUUUGCGUGCUAAGAGAUCCUCUUCCCUACAAAUUCCAGCCUCUGGAACUUCAAGAAGCCAUGGGAAUGUCAGGAGAGUCCCAAGGCCACUACAUGCUGAUCCCAGAAUCCACAACCUCCUCUGGAGCUUCCAGGGGAAUUAUGAGACCCCCUACACACCAAACCCUAUUUUGAGGGUGGGGUUAUAUCAAAUUUCUAUCAGAUCAAGACCAUUAAAUGGAGUUUUAUUCCAUGA